AUCGCAAUCAUGCAGUUCACAGUCAGUUCAUCUGUUUCCUAUAGCGCCAUGAAAGUCGUCUGCUCUUUGUCUAUCUUAAUAGUAUUUGGUGCGUUGCGUGUGGUACGCAGCGAGAUUUGCCAUGCUGUAAGCGACUGUGAUACUGACUGUAUCCCUCCCCAUUACAAGAUCUGUGAGGGGGGACAGUGUUACUGCACGUCAGCGUACUUUUGUACAACAGACUCGGACUGCGGUCAGCAGUGUACCGUGGAUCCACGCCAACCCAACUACAGAUGUCUGCAGUUCAAGUGUGUAUGUUACAACCCCAGGCAUUGAACGAAUUAAAAUAAACUGAGAGAUCGUAUUAUAAUAAA